AUGUAGUUCUUGAUUGUAAACAAAAUGCCGGCGACGAUGCCGCCCCGCUACCCCACCUUACCCUCCUCCACACCCAUCCCAUCGUUGCUGCCCAAACCAGAGGCACCUAGGAUCAGAGCUCCCGAGCAGCGCCGAGUCCGGCGAUGGCCAUCGGUUCAGUGCAGCUCGGAGGUGUGAUUUGGUUCAGUCUCCACUGCGCCUGUCGUCUCCGGUGUGGACUGCUGCAACAAUGCCUCAUGGUGCUUCGUGGCGCUUGCAGUUCUUGACCGUGAGCGCCACCGGCCGUCCCCCACAGAGAUCCGGCCGGCACGAGCCCCGGACGCGGCCAUCACCACCAGAUCCGGCGGCCACGGGCCCGGGCACGCCCAUUAGCACUGGAUCCGGCGCCGCCACUGAAGCCACGCCGGCCAUCUACGCGCGAGCAACUCCGGCGUUGGGGCGCGCCGGGAACCGCCACGCCUUGCUCCUCUAGCACGCUGGAGACGUGAAGGGGAGGAUCCCCUAACUCCCCUGCCAACCGUCACGGCAUGCGACCUCCUCUCCCUUCGAGCUUGCCGGCCCCUCGUCUCCUACAGCCGUGCAGUCCGGCGACCACAGCCGUGCAGUCCGCGCCCGUGGCCGUGCAGCUCGGACAAGUGCGCAAACGCAUUGAAGUUCCUUGCUCAUGUGCGUGCUGCUCGAUGAACACAACUGCACUGCAGCUCCUGGAUGGUGGACUGCGGAAGGUGCGGGGCUCCUCCGACGUGCUUCGGUGGCCAAGUCCUUCCCUCUGUGUUGCUCGUUGCCUGAUUCCCGACACCGGCGGGGCCAAAAGAGGAGGAGAGGGCGGCAACCUACCUCUACGUCUAUGCCUUAGCUCACGGGUGUGCCUCAAGUUUACUAUAGAUUCUCUGGAGGGAAUACAACGGGAAUGUCCCGAUUCAUAUAACUCCAAAGAAAGGAUUGGUGAUUGCAGAGUUGCGCUCGGCUCCAGCGACAUUCAGGACGGCCUUGUCAACCUUGUCCCUUGCCAGAAACAAGAUCUCGUCGCCUUCCGGUUUCUCAAACCCGCACAGCUCGAGAAAAUAUAUGCCCCCGAGACACCCAACUCUCUCCUGCAAGGCACAGAAAAGAUCAUCAAUGUCGGAUUGUGCAGCAGGAUUCUUAAACACGUUUCCGAUGUAGGUGAGGAGUGUAUGAAAAGCCCUCUUUACUUCAGCGUCCUCCUCUUGUCACAACAUUAGCCUCAUGUAGGAAACCGAACCUGGCAAGUCAUUCACGAUAAGACAGUGAAUCCAUGCCCUUCCUCCUCUCCUCCACAACGGGACAACAACCGGAUGAUGUCGUGCAGUUCCUUAGCUCCUGGCCUGCGGUUCAGGAAGCUUCGGUGUUCAGUCUGAUUUUUUUUGGCGCGUGGUUCAGGCGACCUAGGUGUUCAGUCAGACUGCAGUUCGCCGGCGAGAUCCUAGCCGCCAUGCAGUAGGGCCAGCGAGACCCACCCUAUAUAUAGAUGAUUCAGAACAGUUUCUUCCCACAUUUUUCUGGAUUUUGCAUGUGCGGUUCAGUGAGAUCCCAGCAAAUAUUCUGUGUGUAUUUUUCAGAUUAUGGCUGUUGAUUUGGGUGAAUUCAGUUUCCAAUGAAGUUUGUUA